GUUUGCCGCUGUUGAUGGAUGGGAUGUAUCUCGUCUCCAGCAAAUAUGCCCAAUUAACACAAUGUGGGGAAACACGAACAUGGCAUCACCAAAACGAGAACAGCUCAUUUAAUACACUUUUUGGUUCCAUAACUUGGCGCAGAAGACAGAUGGAAUAAUAAUACUAGGGCUCAAUGUCUGUUGUUGGUCUUUUCUUCUUUCUUGUUGCUGUGCGUGUUGACGACACCAUAACAACCCCCAGCCUCGCCGCCAUACCAUACUAUCAAUUCAGCCAGCCACACAUGCGCCGACCCUUUGGAUCCUCAACCCAACUCUGAUAAACGUCCCCAUUGCCAACGCAUUCGAUCGUUCGAGAUUAUCCAUCACCCUUUCACAACCCUCGACCUUCCUCUGCCUAUCCUUAUCCUUCAUCCCCCUCCUCCUCCUACUUUCUCCUCCUUAUCCCCCUCCUUAUCCCCCUCCUCGUCCUCGCCCUCGUCCUCCUCAACUCGCCAGGUAGGCGGGGCAAGUAUCAUAGUUCAACAUGUCAGACUCAGUCGACCGCGUCUUCGUCCACGCCCUCGCCACCGUGAAAAAAAUCCCCAAAACCGGCGCCUCCCGCCCCCCACCGACCGACCGGAUGCGCCUCUACGGCCUCUACAAACAAGCAAUGGAAGGCGACGUCGACGGCGUGAUGGAGCGACCAACCUCGUCCUCCUUCCCCAACCCAGAAGAACUCUCGCGGGAGCAAGACAAGUGGGAUGCUUGGAAGUCGCAGACGGGAUUGUCGCGGACGGAGGCAAAACGCCGCUACGUCGAGGCGUUGAUCGAGACGAUGCAUAGGUAUGCUAAUACGCCCAAUGCGCUUGAGCUGGUGAGUGAGCUGGAGUUUGUGUGGAAUCAGGUCAGGAGUAAUGAGCCUAGUUCUGAGGAGGGGGGGAGUUCAAUGGGGGAGGGGGGGAACGGGGGGCAGCAGCAGGGGAAGGGGCGAGGGGGGCUGGCGGGCUUUACGCAGGUCAUCAGACGGUUUGGUGGAGGGAGGGUGGAGGAACAGCCGAUGAGGGUUAUAAGUCCUAUGAGCGAGCCGGAUGAGAGCGAGGCCAGGAUGGUGGAGCUGGCCGGGGAGGAUGGGGAGGAGAAUGAGGGGGGGUUUAGGGGGAGGAGCGAUAAACGGUCCAAGAGGAUGGAGCGGGCGAUUGUGAGGUUGUCGGCUGAAAUCGCCGCGUUGAGGGAGCAGAUUGCUACGGGAAGGGAGUGGAGGACGAAGAAGGAUAGGGGGUUGGGGGCGUGGGUGAGCUGGGGGUUUUGGGGGGCGGUGAAGCAUUUUACUGUUGAUCUGCUUCUGCUUGUUCUGCUGCUUGUUUGGAUGAGGAAGAGGAAGGACAGGAGGUUUGAGGAUCACGUGAGGGGUUUGUUCAGGUUGGGGAGGGAGUAUGCUCGGAAGAUACUGCCUUCGAGAUGAGGAGGGGGGUUUCAAGAGACGGUCUCUUGCUGCUGGGAACACAGGACCGGUAUUGCGAGGGAUGAGACGUAACUCCUUCUGGGCCUUGCCUUUUGGAUGGACGAGGUAGAUCAGCCCACGGCAGCUUGCUACCUACAGCUGUCGGCCGACAGCAGCGCUAAACGAGCUCUCAACACAAGCGUCAAGGGCAUCAUCAUCAAGCAGACAUCCAUCGAGACAGGGGCCCAGCCCAAGCCCCCUAUAUCAAACCCGAUCAUACUACACCAAAAGCCACGACGGACGACCCUCCAAAGCCAGUGAUCCCCCAAUCCUUCUCCCAGACGAGAAAGUAGGGAUCUCCUGAGCAGGCAGGCACACUUCAGUCAAGCCAUCGUGGCCAUCUUAUGUACGGCUUCAAAACAUUAGCCUAUUAAAUCUGAUGAAAACAACAACACGCCCCGCCUCAGUUCCAACCUCCACAAAAACCCGGAAGUACACCUGCAAUGCAGCAACAGAAAGGCUGCCUGAAAAUGGCACGCUGUCACAGCAACAGACGCGCACACCACCACACACCGCAGGAGCCGAAAAGAUGCUCUCACAUUCUUUUGCCAACACAUUCCCUUUGCACAUAUGUUUAGAUACACUUAGAUAACUUGAUACCGGCGGGUGGUUAUUGUGAUGCGUUUAUGACAAACAAUGAAUUUUGGAAACGAAUUGGUUCUCUGGCGGUAUCAAAUUACUUCAUCCAUCCACAUCGUGUCAUCGCCAGUAGGCACACUUCACGUGUAUGACCAUGCAUGAACCCUUCACAGACAACACACCUCUUUUCCCAAUCACUCCUGCUCCUUCCCCUCCUCCUCCUCCGUCGUCCUCUCAAUGGCCCUCUUGGCCAUAUAAGCCCUCUUCCUCUCCACCAACCUCCCCACCACCAUCGGAUGCCCACAAGCCUUCUCCGCCGCCCUGUGCCCGGCACUCUUCUUGCCAAAAUCCCACGCCUCCCCCAGCAAAAGAUUCUCCUCCCCCCACCCCGUGAAAUACACGCCAAUCCCAAAUUGCGGUUGCUUAUCCACAAACCUCUCCCCCGUCCCAGGCAAAUCCCUGUACUCAAUCCUGACACAACUGGCCCCGAUCAGCUGCUCCAGCCUCACCUUCGGAUUCUGCUCCUUGUCAAUCAUCCGUCCCCCGCCCUCCUCAACCUUGAUCUCCGCCUUCAACAACGGUCCCCACAACGCCUUCAACCAAACCACAGCAUUUUUGUACCCAUUGACAAGAUCAGACCUUAUCACCCCCCCGACAUACGCCUCAAAAAUAUCCGCCAGGGCCUUCUCCUUCUUUUUGGCGUGGGCCGUGCUGCCGUUCGGUCUGCCUGUCAGAUUGAACUCGCUGGGGAAGUUUGCUCUCUUGUCAAGGCCGUACCGGACCGAAAAGGCGGAGAGGGUUGAGUUGCGGAUGAGGAGCUCGCGACGGCGGGACAUUUCGCCUUCGGGGAUGGAGGGGAAGGUGGCGAAGAUGAGCUCCGAGGCGAUGAGCUCGAGGUAGACGUCGCCUAUCCAUUCUAGGCGCUCGUAGGAGAGGUCGGAGGGGGAUUUUUUUUGCCCGGAGUGGGUGAGCGCUGCGGUUUCGAGGGUGGGGGAGAGGAUGGGGGGCAAGGGGGGGAGGUGGGAGGGGAGGGUGGGGGUUGUCCAUUUUGUGCAGAGGGUGAUGGGGGAGAAUUCUGGGGCCAAGGUGGAGGGGGUCGGCGCUGAGGAGGAGGAUGGUUUUUGGCGUUUGGGGGCGCGGGCGGAGGUGUCCUGGAUUGUGGGCGGGCUGGUGGCGG